UAGAACAGAGGUUGAUCCAAGGCCAGGUUGAUCCAAGGCCCUAGAACAGAGGUUGUUCCACCGGGAUGUCCUUGACGCGCUGUUAUAUAAACAAGAUGGCAGAUGACUCAAAUGACUGGACAAGCUUGGCUUACAGGCAGAAAGCCAGGCAGCACAUUGAGGAUGCCAUCCGCAUGUCCGGCAACCCGACCAACAAGACGAGCGCCGAGAUGGAGGACCACGUUUUCCAGCGAGCCAAGAGUCGCGAGGAGUACGUGGGCUUCCUCAGCCGCCUUAUCCUGCACAUCAACAAGUACAAGCAGGUCGGUGAUCCGAUGAACGCGCUGCAGAACAUGGCUGGUCAGCAGCAGCAACAGCAGCCGCCGCAGGACCAGGCGGCCAUGCUGUCCAUGCAGGGCAUGGCGGCCCGCGGUCAGAUGGCGCAACAGCCGCAGGGCUGCCCGAUGUCGGCCCUGCAGCAGCAGCAGCAACAGCAACAGCAGCAGCGCAUGCAAAGCCAGAUGAUGAUGCAGGGCGGCGGCCAGAUGAACAUGCUGCCGAUGGGUGGCAUGGUGCGCCAGCAGGCGCCCGGCAUGGGCAUGAUGGGGCCGCGCGGCAUGGCGCCGUCGCCCGGCGCGCUGUCUCCCAUGGCGCCCGGCUCGGUGAAGGUGCCCAGCCAGAUGAGCGCGCCGUCGCCACAGCUGCACACGCCCGCCGGGCCCGCCAACGCCACGCCCUCGCCGCGCAACCAGCACGACGAGGCCCAGUACAUGGAGAAGGUUAAGCAGUUGAGCAAGUACAUAGAGCCGAUCAAGCGUAUGAUCGAGAAUACCAGCCAGCAGGACACAGCGAAGCUCAGCAAAAUGAAGAAGCUGCUGGACAUUUUGGAGAACCCCAGUCGACAAUUCCCGGUGGAUCUGCUCAUAAAGUGCGAGCAAGUGCUGGAGAAGCUGGAGAUCAAUCAGCACAGCGACGCGGCACACGGUCAUUCUCAGCAGCAGCACACCACACACAAGGAGUACCAGGUAUGGUGA